GUCUAAACUACGCCGCACCUAGUUGCCGGGACACAACAACAACGGACACCGGUUCAACUCACCUUCAUCCCUAGCACCAGGUCGAAACACACACAUUGGAUUAUGGAUAGUAUCCCUCAAGUGUUGGUUGAUCGCAUCAGUGACUACGUGACCGUCACGGACCUCAAGCAUACCCUCACCGUUUCACGCAAUUUUCAGUAUGCAGCUGAACGGACUUCCGGCGUAUACAAUGAAUUCGACCUCACUAAAGCCAAUUCUGGAAGAUUCUUCGAGCUGUACAAUGGUCCUCGGUUGGGUUACUUGCGCCAUGUAAAGUUCAGGGCAACGUUGCCUCGCUACGAAAAGCCUGAGUACGAAUAG